AUGGAUUUCAAUCUUGCCCUUUCACCUUACUGGUGGCCUUCAAUUUCAUAUUUUCCUGCAAAAUACCACUCCUUGACUCCAGGCUUAGGUCCUGAAAUGAGUGAAAACUCUGGCGUCCAGUUCAUGGGCGCCAGAAUCAAGCGAACACAUCGUGAGAUGACCACAGAGAAUGAUAGAAGCGGCGAUGCCGCCUGGGAAGAGCAUUUCCACCCCCCUCGGCCCGAGCACGCUAGAUCUCGAUCCACCCGGACGCCACCCAGAAGACGACGAGCGGAACUCGACUACCGCCGGCCACUCAUGCUUUCACGUGGAGAUAGUGUCGUGAUCGACUUGACCGACGAUGCAGACUCCCCUCCUCAAGGAAGCGCGACCCAAUUUCCCGGUCCUCUCCAUACCCCACACCCGCACCGUCCAAGCUUCCGAUUUCCCGGGGAUCUGAUGAACCACACGACCCCUGCGACUGAUCACCGUACUGUGAUUGAUCUGGAAGCCGAGCCAUCGGUUGAUCGAGCAGACUUCUCGCCGAACAGUGCGGAUGUUCAGUUUGUUGGGUCUUCUUCCGUCAGGCCAAGACCAAUAGAACCAAGAUUCUUGGACAACAAUGGUAUUCCAAUGCACUUUCCUCCACAUAUACGGCCACUGAGAGCAUUCGGACAUGGGCGAUCGAGCAGAGAUGAGGAAAUGGCGCUUCGGCGUGCCGGCAGUAACCUCUAUUCGUUGAUGUCGGAAACGAUUCAGCUUGGAGUACCCGGCUAUCCUCAACCUGGUCAGCCUGCGCCCCGCCCCCGCCGAUCAUCGUACAAAGGACUCAGCCCGGCCCCGGAGGGUUUCGCUCGGAUUUUGGCAGAAGAUGAGGUGCCUGUCUGCCCGAACUGCCAGGAAGAGUUGGGAACCGGAGAAGGGCUGAAACAACAGAUUCAUAUUGCAAAGCCAUGUGGCCAUGUCUAUUGUGGCGAAUGCGCUGCGAAUCGGUCCAUCUCCAAGGCGAAGAAGACAGCUUCCAAGACAAAGCCAUUCUCCAAGUGCCAAGUUGCAGGUUGCAAUAAACCUGUCAGCAGCCCCACCGCCAUGUACCACCUCUAUCUGUGA